ACGUAUAAGAGUUGGGUUUUCUCACUUACAUUUCUCUCCCUGGAAACUCUCUCUCACUUUUUUUUCCUCUUUGAUUUUUUUGUGUUAUUGGUCGAUCAUCAUCUCCAUCAACUUUCCUGUUCUCUAUCCCGCCGAAUCCAAAUCUCUCUGAUCUCUAUCCGUCUCUCUUUUACUGGUUCUUUUUUUUUUGUGCAGUGGCUUCCAGUGGACUGUUAGGUGGUUUGGUUUUAGCCCUUUUAGUGUAGCUGUGUGCACAUAUAAAUGCCAGUUGUGACACCUGUGAACAGUAUUACUGAUGUGAUGAGACCAGAGGAGGGGAAUGAUUCUUCUCUGGAUACAUUCAUCAGGGAUGCCAUUGGGAGACAGCCUCUUCUUUCUUUUUCGAGGCCAAAUGAUAAGCCUGUUCAGUGGAUCCAAUUACUCAAUGCUCUCGAUCAGCCAGACUACCCAGGUUGGCCUUUGCUCACUCCUUUGAAGGUGCAGAUGCAAAAAUGCAGCAAGUGUUCCCGAGAAUUUUGUUCUUCCAUUAACUAUAGAAGACACUUGCGUGUUCACCAUAGGUUAAAAAGACUUGAUAAGGAUUCUGGCAAAAACAGGGACAUGUUAGGAGCAUUUUGGGAUAAGCUUUCUGAGGAUGAGGCAAAGGAAAUAUUAUCAUUCAAGGAUGUGACUUUGGAGGAAGUUCCAGGGUCUUCGAUUAUAAAGUCAUUGACGACAGUUAUUCGGAAACCAGUGAUUUCUUCGCUUACUCAAUCUUGUUGGAGAGCUGGUUCUGCCCUUUUGGAUCUUGUCCAAGGGAGGCCCUCCAGGUGUCCUUUGUCUUCUGGACGGCUAUUCAGUAUUCUUGAUGAUGCAAGUGAAAAAACGUUUCUGUGCGGAACAGCUGUAUUAAUACAAAAAUAUAUUUUUGAUGGCGGGGCUGGGAAGAUUGGGCUUGAAACAAAGAAUAUAGUUGCUUGCACAAGCUUUGUGGUGGAACAGAAAUUGAUUAAAGCAUGGCUUGCAGACAAGGAUGCAGAAGCUUUGAGGUGCCAAAAGUUGCUCGUGGAGGAGGAGGAAGCCGCCCAAAGAAGGCUGGCUGAACUCUUGGAAAGGAAGAGGCAGAAAAAACUGAGGCACAAAGAACAGAAAGCGAAGGAGCAAAGGCAAGACGAGAAGGUCGAUGUUAAGGAGUGUAUUGAUGACACUCUGGAGGCUGUGCCUCAAGCUGAACAAUCUUGCCCCUUGGCUAUAUCUGAUUCUGAUACGCUUGGUUCAGAGACCCUGCCAGAUGAUGUCCCCUCAUCUCUUGAACCCUUACUACUACCAAGAACAGAUGAAGAUGUUGAUUUGGAAAAUCAGAUAGUGCAUGGUGGUGAACGGUCAAAGUUACAAGGAAAUAGUCAUAGGCAUAUGGUUGUUACUCGAUGGCAUGCUCCUUCAAGAUCACAACGGAAUAGUCUGUCAAAUGUUUUCCAUGCAAGUCAAAAUUCUCAAGCUCCAAAACCUGGCGCCAUGGAGAAGCAUGGAAUUCAAAGGGAUUUUAAGCCUGGGCCCAUGGUCAAUGGCAAUAGAAAGUGGAGCCAAAAACCUAAACCAGAAUAUUAUGGGGAGUGUCUUAAAGCUAGAGUAAAAAAGGAAGUAAUAACUGAACCAGAGCAUGAGAAGAAGGGGGAGGUUCUGAUUGGCUCUAUAUCUGUCACUCUUGGAAAUUGUAGCCAUGAUGAAAGUAACAACUUGGAUGGAGCCCAGGAUGAUUGCCUUGUAGAGCAUGAAAUUUCAAAGAAGAAAAAUGUGCAGGAGAAGCACAACAGACCUGAUUCUGUUCAAUGUGGCAUGAAUCGGCCAACAGUAAAGCUUUGGAGGCCUGUUAGUCGAAAUGGAACAAAAGGUCUAAUACUAGUUGAGAAUGGCAAUAGAAAAUGCCAACCCGAUGGCAUUGAUGGUAAGGUUGAGGAUCAGAUCUUGUUCAAUAACAGCUCUCUAAGAUCAUGUGCCAUGGAUGAUAGCUUUGGUGGGAUGGAGAAUGGUUCUCCACUGGGGGAUCUUAACCGAGGAGGCUUGCAGUUCUCAAGCCAUGAAGCAAAGGCUUUUCUUGCAGAGAGGUGGAAGCGGGCCAUUGCUGCUGAACAUGUGAAAUUGGCUCUAUCCCCAGACUAUCAAGUUGCUGCAAAUCAUUCAUUGGAUAUUAGAAAGCAAGACGUCAUUGGCAGUGCAGAAAAUCAGUUGGUUGAUGUGGAGGCACAAGAGUCAUCAACUGCUGGAGCUGCUAAAGCCAAGUGUAAAACAAAGCCUGAUAAGGGUGUCAAGUUAAAGUAUAUACCUAAACAAAGAUCCAUCACUUAAUAUAAGAUUGACAAGAGAAAGGGUUUUUUUAUUUUAUUUUACAGAGGUGCACAGUUUAAUCAUCGCUGUAUUCUUAGCAGAGGUUGCAGUUUUACUGAUGGUUCUGUCAGAAAUUUGAAGACAGGUUUUGCCGGAAAGUCCUUUUUUGCUAUUCCGCCAUUUUUUUCCCCUUCGUCAUAGGAUAUUCUACUUAGGUAUUUUUGGAGAAAUAGUCCAAAUUUUUGUGUAAUAAAUUUGGUUUUCUUGGCAUUGCAAAGUUCGGGGUUCUUAUUUUCAUCGAUUCAGCAGAAAAUGGAACCUGAAUGUAGACUAGCGAACAUAGCUUUUAUUCAUUUUUGGCCAUUGGUCAUUAGCUGGUAUGUAGGCUUGUUCAGGUGAUUUUUGAUACAUCACUUCACUUUUGGUUAAUCUCACGUUAAUCCUUCUGGUUUGGUUAGAAACAAGUUCGUUUCAAUUAGAAAAUUUUAUAAAAUACAUUACGUUUCAAAACCUGAUUUAAGAAUUGAACAUUUGAUAAGGUAGAGAGUGCUUGCUCACGAAGUUAUCACUCCAUAAAUCUUUUUUUUUUCUUUUCAAAAGAGAUGAACUUUGUGGGUGUGGGCCUCUUACCCCCCCGAUCUCGUAUCAUUCUCUAUUAAAAUCAAAGUUGCCAUGGCUUCAAACCCUUUAUUUUGAUUUUAGUAGUAAAGGUGUCUGUGGAUCCAUGAAAGAAAUUACUGUCGUAUUCAUUCUUGAUGAGUUUCUAUAUAUCAUGCACAGCUGAGCUACAGCUCUUGUAUUUAUUUUUUGGGGUUUUCUCGUUGGCUGCACCAGCGGCAUCACCACGACAGAAAAGAAAAACACUGCCAAGCACUGAAACUUCGGUUUUUGCAUGGGUAAGAACCAAGAACUCAAACAGUGACAAUCCCAAAUCUGAAGCCUUAAGAACUGCUACCACGUUGACCAAGAAUAUACCACACCCACAAUUCCCACACCAACACAAGCCACGUUUUCUACUUAUCCUCCUUAAGCUCCUCACAAACUGCCACUUGUACACUCUCCUUGCCUCAUAUCUAUUUACUAGAUCGAAUAUCCUCUCCUCUUAAAUUUCACUCCUCUGAUUCAACUCUCCAUUUCUUUUCCUCUCUCAAUACUGUACACAAAAUUGCAAAUUAGCCAAAACUAGAACAAAAUGUCAGGUGGUGUUGGUCCAACAUGUAAUGACAUAAGCCUUCCAAACGAAAGAGAACAAGAACAGAAGCUCCAAGAAGACCUUGCUUCCUUGAAAAACCCUAAAAGCACUACCACUUCAAAGAAAGCUGGUUUCUUGAGCUUUCGUCAACUAAAUGUUCUUGCUGUUAUGACUGUCUUUGCUGCGAGUGGGAUGGUAAGCCCUGAAGACUUUGCAUUUGUUGUCUUCUCCAUCAUUUACUUGUACUUUUUCUCCAAAGUUGCAUUCCCGACCACCAACCCUCCUAGAGACUCUGUAGUUUUCGAUCCGAAAAACAAGAUUCUUCGCCUAUACGUGUUUGUGGGUGCUAUUAUUGGACUCUUUCUCCCCAUAGCAUACAUCUUUGAAGGCAUUUUCGAGGGAGAUAAAGAAGGGAUCAAGGCAGCAGCGCCGCAUGUUUUUCUCCUAGCAGCUCAGGUUUUCAUGGAAGGAGUGGCAUCUUCUGACAGGUUUUCGAUCCCAAUUCGUGUUUUCGUGCCUGUGUUUUAUAAUUCAAGGAGGAUUUUCACACUUGUGGAUUGGUUGAGGGAUGAGAUCUCAAAGGCGGAACAGGAUUAUGGAGGAUCUACUUGGAGGCUCCAUAUUGGUAGAGCUCUUGCUGUGGCUAACCUGGCCUUUUGGUGCUUCAAUCUUUUCGGCUUCUUGUUGCCUGUUUAUAUCCCUAGAGCCUUCAAGAAGUACUACUCUGGAUUCAAGGUCAAGGAUUAAAUCUGCCAUGGUUGUUGUUUCAUAAUUCAUUAGGAUGGAGUAGAAAAAUAAAAAUAUCUUAGUUUCUACAGCUUCAUAUGCUGUAAUUGUUUGCAAUAAUUAAGCAAGUGCUCCUGUAUUUUUUUA